CCUUUUUCUGUCUUGCCAGGAAGUGGUCAUAGUAAGUGCUAUAAGAACGCCCAUUGGCUCUUUCCUGGGCAGCCUCGCCUCUCAGCCAGCUACUGCACUUGGCUCCAUUGCAAUUCAGGGAGCCAUUGAAAAGGCAGGGAUUCCAAAAGAAGAAGUAAAGGAAGUGUACAUGGGCAAUGUCAUCCAAGGAGGUGAAGGGCAGGCCCCCACGAGGCAAGCAGCAUUGGGUGCAGGUUUACCUAUUUCCACUCCAUGCACCACGGUGAAUAAGGUCUGUGCCUCAGGAAUGAAAGCCAUCAUGAUGGCCUCUCAAAGUCUUAUGUGUGGACAUCAGGACGUGAUGGUGGCAGGUGGGAUGGAGAGCAUGUCCAAUGUCCCAUACGUAAUGAGCAGAGGAGCAACACCCUAUGGUGGGGUAAAACUUGAAGACCUGAUUGUAAAAGAUGGGCUAACUGAUGUCUACAAUAAAAUUCAUAUGGGUAACUGUGCUGAGAAUACUGCAAAGAAGCUGGAUAUCGCACGAUGUGAACAGGAUACCUAUGCUAUCGGCUCCUACACCAGAAGCAAAGAAGCAUGGGACACAGGGAAGUUUGCCAAUGAAAUUACUCCUGUCACAGUCUCAGCAAAAGGUAAACCAGAUGUGGUGGUGAAAGAAGACGAAGAAUAUAAGCGUGUUGAUUUUAGUAAAGUGCCAAAGCUGAAGACUGUGUUCCAAAAAGAAAAUGGCACGGUAACAGCUGCCAAUGCCAGCACACUGAACGAUGGAGCCGCUGCUGUGGUUCUUAUGACUGCAGAUGCAGCCCGAAGACUUAAUGUCAAGCCUCUCGCACGAGUUGCAGCAUUUGCUGAUGCUGCUGUAGAACCUAUUGAUUUUCCAGUCGCGCCUGCAUAUGCUGUACCUAAGGUCCUUCAAUAUGCAGGAUUGAAAAAGGAAGAUAUUGCUAUGUGGGAAGUAAAUGAAGCAUUCAGUGUGGUUGUACUAGCCAAUAUUAAAAUGCUGGGGAUUGAUCCCAAAAAAGUAAACAUCCACGGAGGAGCUGUUUCUCUGGGCCAUCCAAUUGGGAUGUCUGGAGCCCGGAUUGUUGUUCACUUGGCUCAUGCCUUGAAGCAAGGAGAAUUCGGUGUGGCCAGCAUUUGCAAUGGCGGAGGAGGCGCUUCUGCAGUGCUGCUUGAGAAGCUGUAGACAACCCGCUUCAGGAGAGUUCCAUGUGACCAGAAACCCUGCAGAAGUGAAUGUGACUCCCGUGGGCCAGCUUAUAUUCAGCAAAAGCUAUUUCAUUUUUUAUUGUUUUCUAUUAAAUUACAAAAACAAUCAUUCAAAAACCCAUUGAAAUUACAAAUAAAAAUUCUUCUUUAA